CCGAGCCUUAAGCCGGUUGUCUGCAUCUCGAAACGGGUGAACCUUAGCUCAACAUCGGUGAGUUGAUCACGCGCUCACGCCUUUGCCGAGUCAGUGAUUGGGAAUGGACGGGGCGCCGUCAAGUCUUGCGACACGCGCGACAGAUGUUUCGAGUACGUGUCAUACCGUGCUGGGUGGCGAGGAGCCGGCCAGCUGAGCCAGUGGGGACCGCAUACCACGGCCCACAAUCCUGCCCUGUUCGACAAUCAUGCAAACAUUCCAAGAUUUCUGGGCGGUGGAUGGCUCCACCGCCCCACUACUCAUCCUUCAACAUCUCCACUGCCGGAUCUUGCACACUUCUUGCGCCACUCGGUGGCACUCUGGUAGUCACCACCAAGCAUCUCCACGCCAAGCGCCGCUUUUCGAGCACUCUGAACAAACCUCUGGCUUCGACAAACAUUGAACGAUUCGUGACCAUUCCGAUAUCUCGGCCGUAAGAUUAUUCCAGGGCGUGCCAUGUCACCAGUGUCUGGGACGUUAGCUCGGUGCCUAUUAUUCACAUGCUGUGCCUCGUUACCACUUCCAUGUCACUCAUUUACUGAGUGUGCGAGACAGCUAGGACUUUGAGGAAGGCAACAAUUGUUUGACCAGUUUGGGUCGCUAGUGUGGUGU